AUGCAGAAAUAUUUCAUGGACAAUGAGGUUGACAUCGCUUUGUUGCAGGAAAUAUGGAUUAAACCGGAAGAAAGGAUCAAGAUUAAGGGAUACAACUUUUAUUCAAUACGAAGGACCGAAGGAUACGGAGGAGUAGGAGUUCUACUGCACCAAGAUCUAAUAGGAGAAGAAGUGCAGCUUGGGACCUUCAACCCAAUAGAAGUCAUCGCUGUAAAAAUAAAACAUGGUUUUGAUACGCUGACCGUCAUAUCAAUCUACGUCCCACCGAACCAUCAUCUGAAAAGGGAAUGCUGCCAAAAACUCAAACAGCUCUUCGAUGCAGUAGGGAAAAUAGGAUGGUGGUCACCUGAGUUGGAAGAGGCGUACAAGGCAAAGAAAGAAAUUUUGAGGAACUACAACAAGAACCAAACGACGUACAACUACAUACAGCUACAGAAGAGCAGAGCAAAGUUUAAGCGACUAUCCCGGGCCGCUAAAAGAAAAUACAACAAGGAAGUAUCAUCUAUGAUAAGCAGUUCAACACCACCGAGGCAACUGUGGAAUAUCGUGAAGGGCGUCGACACAGCACUUUCGGAUCAAAUAAAAAACAAAAACUACAUAAGCCUACAGCUGGGACAGGAAUUGAUGCAGCUGUAUUUCGGCAACAAGUGGAAUAGUACCCUAUCCAAACCACCAUCUGUCAGGACGUCUAAAGAACUAGAGGGAUAUGAGAUGGCGCUAACAGAUGCGGAGCUGCUCUCGGUUCUGAAAUCGCGAAAAAACCACUCCGCCCCCGGGCCCGACAAUGUGUCGUAUGAUAUAUUGAAAGGUCUAACGCCAAACAUCCAGGAGAAAAUCUGUGAAAUGCUUAGCAGAGUAUUCACCGAAGAGGAUAUCCUGGAGAGCUGGAGAAUCUCUAAGAUCAAGCCCAUUCCAAAACCAAACGCCAAUCCGCUACUAGCUACCUCAAAACGACCAAUCGCUCUUAUGAAUUGCAAUCUGAAAUUGAUCAAUUCUGCUGUGAAAAACCGCCUAGAUGAAAUAACCGCAAUCAAAGGUAUGCUCCCGCAACUUUCCUUCGGAUUCCGCCGAAACUGCUCUUCAACUACAUGUGUCAACUAUGUGGUGAACUCCAUUAAGGAGGCGGAUGCUGAGGGGUACGUGAUACUAGCAACUGACGAAGGCGACAUAGAACUCGAAAUCAACGAAGGAUUGCCGCAAGGAUGCCCCCUCUCCCCACUUCUCUUCAAUCUGUACACGGCGGAACUUCACAACAUUUCAACGGACGACUGCCAGUUGGUGCAGUACGCAGACGAUUUCGCGCUGUACAUAAAAGGAAAAACGCUGGAAGAAAUCGAAGAUAAAGGAAAUGAUUUUCUGAAAAAAGUCGACACUCAACUAACAGGACUAGGAUUGACGAUAAACACGAGCAAAUGCGCGACGGUGGUUUUCACAAGGAAAGCAGUAGAACACCUAAGGAUUAAGGUCAACGGAAGGAAAAUAGACAUCAGUAACACGCAUAAAUAUCUGGGCCACACACUGGAUAGAACUCUGAGUCAUCGAAAACACAUACAAAAUGUACGGACCAAUGCAGCUCAGAAGCUUAACAUAAUUAAAAUGUUAGGUGGAAAACUCUCCUUUGCAGACAGAGAAAUGCUAAUAAAUAUAGGAAACGCAGUUGUCAGAAGUAGACUCGAAUUUGGAGCCGCCAUAUACGGAUCAGCAGCCAAAACCCAUCUACAAUCGCUACAGACUGUUCAAAACUCUUACCUAAGAAGCGCUUUAGGUCUCCUCAAGGAUACUCCCAUCAACGUGCUACUAGCGGAAUCUGGACAGAUCCCAAUGGAACUUCGAGCGGAGUGGCUAACCAAGAAGGAAAUUCUUAAAAGUGUCUACCACGUCAAUCAGCUAAGCACCUUUGUCGAAAGAAGCAUCAACGCCGAUAGGGAUAAUGGCACAUAUUGGACGAAAAUCGCCCUUAAGCAUAGCGAUUUGGUAGCUCAAGUACAUCCGCAGGAUAGAGAACGCGUCUUCACAUCUAGGAGAAAAUACUUGGAGUUGCCGGUUGAAGCAAGGAUCAGAGAACAACUACUUCCAGACCAACGACGAAAAGACAAUGUAGCUCCAGCGGUAUGGAUCCAGCAAUUCAAAGAAAAAUGCGCAAAAACCUACGAUGGAUACAACCAGAUCUACACGGAUGGUUCCAAGACUUCUGGAGGAACAGCAUUUGCGGUGUACGAUAAAUCUGAUGGAGAAACUAUCGCUCAAAAACUCAACACCAGCUAUUCCAUCACAAACGCGGAACUAUACGCUUUAAAGGCUGCGGUGGAACUUGCAAAUUCCAAGAACUACCGAAAAGUGGUCAUCCUCACAGAUUCAAGCAGCGCCUGUCAAAUUCUACGAAACAGGAAAAAAUGGGAGGUAAACUUUCUAGCUUGGGAAAUUGUGAAAAAAAUGCAGUACUUGACCAACCAUAUAAUAUGCGUACAAUGGAUACCAAGCCAUGUAGGAAUCGAGGGAAACGAUCUCGCAGAUCGAGCCGCAGUGGAAGCCACCCGGAAACAGCAGGAUAACUUCUCCGCACUGGUUUUGGACGACGUACAAGGAUUAGCCAAGAGUGAAAUUUUUGCCGACUGGAACAACAUGUACCAACAACAAUCAGCUGAAAAAGGAAGAUUCCAUUAUCAGUUUCAAAGAGAAACAUCCAACCGAAUAUGGUGUAAGGGACUAUACCUGAAUCCGGCUGAAAUAAGGAUCUUAUCUAGAAUCCGCUCAGGACAUACUCUGACGAAGGAACGACUGUAUCGAGGGGGUUGGGAACCCAGCGAUGAAUGUGAACAUUGCCAAGAAACAGAAAAUCUACACCACCUGCUAUACAUCUGUCCGCGAUUCAACACCCAACGAAGCAAAUUCUUAAUACUCGAACUCUGCAAGCCACUGGAACAAAUACUCGAAGAAAAUAAUGAAAACGACCUACAGCAGAUAGUCGCAUACCUAAAAGACACCAAAAUCACAGUUUAA